GCGAUGUGGCGCUUGGCGGUUCUCGCGGUUCUGGCUGUGGCGGCCGCGGCGGCGGAGGACGCCUUCCUGUCGCAGGAGUCACUGCUGUAUGCUCUGGCCGCCGCUGCACCGCCCGCCGCCUCCAACUCCUCCUGCAGCGGACAGCUCUCACAGCUGAGGGACGCCGCCGACCGCAGACACGUCUGGGCGCUCAAGAUGCUGGACGCAAGUGGCACUCCUGGAGCGGCUUUUCUGUGGGGCAACAACUACUGGCUUGGGUCCAGAUCUCAGUGUGAAACCAUUCCACUUCGUGAACCACUGGUGCUUUCCAGAGAUCUACCGAAGCCACCUCUCGCGUGGCCACCUUACCCAAUACACUUCUCAGUCGCCUCGUUUAGGCACAAUGCAACACUUCAAGUCCAUGUCGGUUUGCCUAAUGAGGAUUUGAUAAUAGUUGGACUGUGCCUGCCUGCGUCAUGUCCUGCAAAGGAGGUAGCUGAACUGCUGGAUGCAGCAUUCCUUUCAAAUCCUAUAUACAUCCAGAAGAUGUACAACAUGAGCUUCAGUCGAGUCCACGUGGAAUCACUAAAGGAAGAUGACUCAUGGGUGUCACAACAAACAUUUGUUACUGUUGAGGUACUGUUGACAUUUGUAGCAGUAGUCGUGAUUCUGGGUACAGCAUAUGAUGUCAUUAUUUGGCAGCCUCAUCUGAGAGAAAUAACAGCACAUGGCAUGUCUCAGAAAACAAAAGUCCACAGUGUUAAAGAGAACAUGGAGGUAGCCAUCACCAACCCUAAAAUACGUGAAAACAAUAAUGAUAACAGUUACAGCAACAACUACAGUGAGAAAACUGAUUGUUGCACAAGCAAAUCAACAUCUUCCACAAGAGAGAAAAUUGUGCAGGGGCUUGGGCCGCUGAAUAGCAUCUUAGUAUGUUUCUCCAUAUAUUCCAAUGUACCCAUAAUACUCGACACCCAACUUGGUAGUGACUCUGUCCCAGCAAUACAUGGUCUGCGAUUCAUGGGUAUGGGUUGGAUCAUCAUGGUGCACACUGUUUUCUAUCUCAGUGAUUAUGCCGAUAAUAAACCACAAGCUUUUUACUUGUCAGAAGGAUUCAUGGUGCAGGUGGUCAGUAAUUCUACUCUUUCAGUAGACACAUUUUUCUUCCUUAGUGGGUUCCUAGUUUCAUAUCUGUAUUAUCAAGGGAAACAAGGAAAUAAACCCUCACAAGAGACAUGUGGAAGCAAAAUUGUGGAGUUUAUCACCAUGGUUCUACGAAGAAUUAUUAGGUUGACACCAGCAUAUAUGGCAGUGAUUGGAAUUGCCAUACUUAAUAUGAAAUGGCACAGCCAGAAAACUUUGUUCCAUAUGACAGAGAGAGCAGAUGUUAUUUGUCCGAAGUACUGGUGGCGGAAUUUGCUUUACAUCAAUAAUCUGUUUGACAGGGAAGAAAUGUGUUUGUCCUGGAGUUGGUACUUAUCCAAUGAUAUGCAAUUUUUUAUAAUUGCAAGUUUCCUUCUCAUUCUCUCAAGCAGCUACUUCUUGCUGAGUGCUAUUAUUCUGGGAUCACUAAUUGUUGCUUCAUCAGCAGUAACUUUCUACUCAUCAUAUAUCAACAGUUAUAUUCCUGUGUUAGAUCAACAGUUUGCAAUGCUUAGUAUCUUGUACGAUCCACCUUGGACACGUAUUGGACCACAUCUAGUUGGAGUAGCUACUGGCUACAUUGUUAUUUAUUUGAAAGGGAAGCUCAUACUGAAGAAGAGAACACUGCUAAUGGCAUGGCUUCUAGGAUCCACUUUCAAUGUGAUCACAUUAUUUGGUCUCUACAAUCGUAAUAUCCCAGUUAUUGCAGCAGCACUUUAUGUGGCUCUAAGUAGAACUGCAUGGGCACUGGGAAUCUCAUGGAUCAUAAUAGCAUGCUGCACAAACAAUGCUGGCAUCAUCAACUCUAUAUUAUCAUUUAGAGGAUGGAUACCACUCAGUCGUUUAACGUACUGUGUUUACCUCCUGAACCCACUGCUUAUGAAUUCCAUGUACCUAGACAGCGAAACUGCCAUGCAUGUUGAGUUUUUACCGCUGGCUGCUUACUUCUUUGGCCAUGUAGGUGUGUCUUUCUUUUGUGCAUUUGUCUUGUCCCUGACUUUUGAGACUCCAAACGUUCUGUUAAUGAGGUGGCUCUUGGGAUGCAGAAGUAAGAACCAGAAAGCAAACACAAGAGCUAAGGACUGUAAAUCUUCCUCAGUGUAGUAUCGACUGAUUAAUGUAUAGUUCCUGCUAGUCAAGUUGUGAUUUAGUUUAGUAUUGCUUAGAUAUUAAAGCUUUUAAAAUCACUUCCCAUUUUUUGUAACUAGUGAAAUUGUAAACCAUGUGCAUGUGGGUCCACAGAGUUUUUGUGAUGUAUCCAUGACAGCUGAAGAAUUUCACAAAAUUAUAAUCCUCCCUUUUAAACGACUCCUUUGUUAGAAAUUUAGUCCAUUUACUUUUAUCCUUUGUAAACCACAGAGUGAAUUACAUGUAAGAAAUCAAGUCUAUAUAAAAACAGGUUCUAUUUAACUUACUACUGUGAGGGAAGCAUUUAAUUUGACUAAGCAUUAUUUGAAAUCUUCCUGCUGCCUCAUGCUAAAAAGGAACAGUAAGUAUGUGCCAAUAAAAAACCAAAAAUGAUCAAUUAGUUUAUUACACAAUUUAAAAAUCACACAACAUGAUUCAAAAAUGUACAUACUCAAAAAUGUCAAGGGCAGACAAAUAGGGCGCAGGCACCAUUUCAGUUCCCAACAAAUUAGGUUGAAAUAAUUUAUGACCACAACCUUUACAAUAUGCAUAACAUUUAAGCCAGUCAGUAAUUUGGGUAGAUAAUUCUGUGCAUCAUCAACUGUAAAAUGUUAAAAAUGCACUAUUUUAACCUUUGUAAGCAGCUCUUUUGUACUCUUGACAAUAUUUUUGCAUAACACUUAGCCAAUGGAUCAAAAUAACUAACCAAAACUAUUUUGUUUGAAGAUGUGCACACAAUCCAUGUUUAAAGAACCAAGUGAAAUUGGUGACCAAAAUUUUGCUUAACUAAUGACAGCUUGCAGCUUUUUUGAACACACUGAAGCUGUGCAACAGUGUCUAUAAAAAUGCUGGCUUUUAUGUUCAGUACAGCACCAUAAAAUAUCUACCAAUUGUGAAGAGGUUGUGGCCUCUAGCUUAUAGUAAACAAAACUAUACAAUGACAGGAAAAAUUACAAAAUGUAAUACAAAUAACCAUUUCCAAUAAAAGUCUGAAGGUAACCAGAUAAAUCCUAUAGGCUCAACAAUGCUCUAAAUUUUAAUUCACUGUCAUCUUGCUUGUACUGAAGUUUUCACCAUAAGGUUUUUUAAAUAUACAUUUUUGUAAACUAGAAUUUACAAAAUAAGAAAUGUUAAGCCAUGUUUCAUUUACAGACAGCUAAGUUCAUUUGUACUCACUGGAACCUGAAUACUGGCAUCAAUGUUACAGGACAUUCCAUAUUACAUAAAUCUGCCAAAGUCGCUUUGCUGUGAAAUUCCAUCACAUUUUUUUCGUAAGAAAUACUGAAAUUUACAGACGAAGGGCAAGUUUUCACAUGUUUAAAGAAUUAUACACCAAGUCCAACACAUUGGUGUUAAGGAGCCAAAUCCACUAAGAGAGAACCUAACAUUUCAGUUUAUUUUAAGAAGUUCAGAUACAUUGUGCCAAACUUUUAGUAACUAGGAAGCAUGCAAACCAAUGGAAUGUUCACUACAAAAUUAUGCUCCACAAAUACUGCACUGGAUACCUGGUCACAUCACAUAAUUAACUUACUUUAAUGUGACAGUAACAAGAAAAAUACUUUAAAUCUAUUUUCAGGAUUAAAUUUCCAGUCAACUUCCUGGGACAACCACAAAUACUGGAACACAGACAGUUAAACAUUCCUUAUAAAGGAUAACUCUCUCACUAUAAUAACUUCUGCACAGAAAAUAUCUGAACACACACACACACACACACACACACACACACACACACACACACACACACACACA